AUGGCUAAGAAUGGAAAAGAACGACAGAAUGUGUUACCGAAUACAUAUAUACCAGUUUUGCCUAAGAAAGUAUUGAAUAAUAUACUUGCAAGACUUACUAGACCAUCGCUAUUGGAACUAAUGUCUAUAUGGCCAAAAUUAUUGAAUACACAACCUCAUCUUGAUAAGGGCCAAAAUAAAUAUAAACAAAAGGAGUUGAAUAAGAAGGUAUUACGAGAGGUCAAUGAAAUCAAACACGCAACUUCGAAAUACCCCAAGAGAAAGAUUAUUGACAAAUUGUUAUUUGAAUAUUGGUCGAAUGGGUUAAAUCUACUCCAGUUAUCACAAGUUGAUUGCCAAUUGCUUGUAGACAGACCAAAUGCAUAUUAUUGGAUUCUGUCUACAGUGAGAGAUAUGGAUAAUAAAGAAGUUCCUGUGCUGUUAAACCCUAAGACCUUCCUUGAUCUGUUGGCGAAGGAGUUGAACUUGUUAUACAUGACGUACAUAUACGUGUGUCGUCAUCCUGUAUUCCCAUUAAUAAUAGUAAGAAUCCAGGUAUUUGACUUGCAGCCAAUAAAUACCUCCAAUAAUGUUAACAGACCUCAUAUUUCUUCUCAUAGACCCUAUUUUCUAGCUAUUCCUAUGAACUCUCCUCAUAUUAUACAUUCAACUGGAAAUGAUAUAGUAGCUAAAACUGUAUUACAGGCAGUCGAGAGAAACAUACACCAAAACCCUAGGAAUAUACUUAGGCUUGAAACUUCAUCCAAUCAGAAGCCUAUAAGAUCAUUAGAAUCAAUGCAUAUAUUGCACGGAAACUCGAGAUUUGGUAAUAGUUUAGGUAUUUGGACACCUUAUGCAGAUGCCACAGUUGAUAUGUUUCCAUUGGGUCCGCUUGAAAAUCAUAGUCUAUUACAGGAGAAAAAUAAUUCAGAAAACCAAGAUGAAGAAGAUAAUAAUGAUGACGCAGAUAUGAAAAAAUUGAAGGAGCUUGCUAACUUAAGAUUUAAAGGAUCUAUUAACGGGAAACUAAAGUCAGAAAAGCUAUUUGAUGAUAUUAUACGACCCGGAAAACUGAAAAAAACGAAGAAUCGUAUGUAUGAUAGUAAUCUUGAUAGCAGCGAUGACGACGAAGGUACGACAGGCUUCAAAACUAGUAGAAAUGAAUUUACAUCGGUUGCACCAAUACAAUACUCAGAAUUUUUAAUUAAAGACGAAAUAAAUACGAAUGCAAAAGGAGAAAAUGUAAAUCCGAUGGAUCAAAAUGAGAUGGAUGAUGAUAAGUUCAGUCUGAUAACUAUGAAGUUAACCGGGUUAGACGUGUUUGCUGGCCUACACGAAAUUUCUACGAAAACAACAAAUAAAAGUGAUAUGAUAAUAGAUCCUACUACGAUUCCAUGCUGGCUUACAGGCGAAGAAGGUGCGAGUUGUGGUAUUAUUAAAGAAGGAAAAUUUUCUAAAACUUUAUAA